AUGAACUUAAGAAAAUCCACUGUUGAGGAAGACCCGUUUAAAAAUAGCUUCAGUUCAAAAGACAGGAGUAAUUCAAGGAUAAAUGUCGAAGAAGCAAAGCCGAGAACGGCACCUGCUAACGCCCUCAAUUUGAGAAUCCACGCAGUGAGGAGCCAGUUGCAGAACUUGAGGUAUCAGGUGCAACGAGAGAAGAUGCUCCUCGAGGCAGAAAGGAAGAAUAUGCCCUGCGGUAAUUUUAAUAAGGACAAAGACGGACCGCCGUCGGAUUAUCCCUCCCCUUCAAACCAACCGCCACCCAAGGUCGACGUCGUGCAGGAACAUCCGGCUCUGUCGGCGCCGUCCAGGAGACACCUGGAAGACAUCGAGAAACAGUGUGAUCUGGAGCUGAACAAGCUGCAGAGUUACCUGCGCAACGUCGGCGAGCUGAAGACCCACUGGAAGCGUCUCAUGAUCAAGAAUCAGCUGGGGCAGUUCCAGUCCACUGAUGAGGUGAAUCAGGGCUUGGGGGAAUUUCGUGAACCCCACGUUGGGAGAUAUGAUUUAUGGUUUCUGGUAUUGGGGAACAAGAUCCAACCGAAAAUUGAUAUAGGGAGAACAGUAAAUGAAAGCGCGGACGGGAAUUUCGAAGUGACCUUAGCCACCAAGGCCACCAUCUACCACCAGGGCCUCGUUGAAUGGAAACCCCCCGCCAUAUACAAGAGCUCGUGCGAGAUCGAUGUCGAGUAUUUUCCCUUCGACGAGCAGACGUGCGUCCUCAAAUUUGGUAGUUGGACAUACGACGGUUUCAAGGUCGACCUCAGGCAUAUGGACGAGAAGGCCGGGAGCAACGUGGUGGACGUCGGCGUGGACCUCUCGGAGUUUUAUAUGUCGGUGGAGUGGGACAUCCUCGAAGUACCUGCAGUGAGAAACGAAAAAUUUUACACGUGCUGUGAUGAACCAUAUCUGGACAUUACCUUCAAUAUCACAAUGAGAAGGAAGACGCUCUUCUACACCGUGAACAUCAUCAUCCCCUGCAUGGGGAUAUCUUUCUUGACCGUCUUGACGUUCUACUUGCCCUCGGACAGUGGCGAAAAGGUGACUCUGUCGAUAUCAAUUCUAAUUAGCCUCCACGUUUUCUUCCUGUUGGUCGUCGAGAUUAUACCCCCCACCUCUUUGGUAGUUCCUCUGCUGGGAAAGUACCUUAUAUUCGCCAUGAUCUUGGUCUCGAUAAGGUAA